CCUACAAGGCGUGGAAUCGUGUCUGCUUUCCACAAGUAUUUCACUGGGGAGAGAGAGGGAUACGGAGGGGCACCAUCGAUGGCCCAGACACGAACUGAGUAGCACCGAGUAUUGACAUUAGCGGACAAGAAACCUCCGGUUAAAAAACCCACACAGAGUGAAGCCAUCAUCUGCCUCCGAUAGAGAGAGAGAGAGAGAAGAGAGAGAGAGAAAGACUGGCUGCAUCCUGACUGCAAUGGAGGAGCGGACGGGGACAAGCCGGAAUGGAUGACUGAAUAACAUUAGCCGUCUUGUGAGGAGCACCGCUGGUUCUCACUAUAAAAGCGGGGGAGCUGACACAGAGGUUUAUACAGCAGAGCUGUGAGUGACUGACCGUUUCUGCAUUUAUCCAUUAGGGUGCUAACAAUAAGACAGCCAUGCCGCCCCCAGCUGACAUUGUAAAGGUGGCUAUUGAAUGGCCCGGUGCCAAUGCUCAGCUCAUAGAGAUGGACCAGAAAAGGCCUUUGUCCUCAAUAAUUCGGGAAGUAUGUGAUGGCUGGUCUUUGUCAGGCUCAGAGCAGUUUGCUCUGCGGUAUGCUGAUGGUCCUCAGCUUUAUAUCACUGAGCAGAGCCGUGGUGACAUCAAGAAUGGGACCAUUCUUCGAUUAGCAAUUUCUCCUGGUCGUGCUGCUCGUCAGCUGCUGGAGAGGAUCCAGUCUCAUGGCAUCGAUGCUCGCCUCGAGGCUCUCAAAGAGCUCGCCAAGCUGUCUGCAGAUCCAACCUUUGCCACAGAGUUUAUCAACAUGGAGGGAAUUGGGACACUGGCUCGUCUAGUCGAGAGCGGCACCCACUUUGGUGAAAUGCUAGCCUUUACUCUCACUGCCUUCCUGGAGCUGAUGGAUCACGGCAUUGUGUCUUGGGACCUUAUCUCCCUCUCCUUCAUCAAACAGAUCGCAGGCUACGUGAACCAGCCGAUGGUGGACGUGUCCAUCCUGCAGCGCUCCUUGGCCAUCCUGGAGAGCAUGGUCCUGAACAGCCACAGCCUCUACCAUCGAGUGGCCCAGGAGAUCACCGUGGGACAGCUCAUCGGGCACCUGCAAGUGUCAAACCAGGAGAUUCAGACCUACGCCAUCGCCCUCAUCAACGCUCUUUUCCUGAAGGCACCAGAGGACAGACGGCAGGAGGAGUAUACUAACCCGCUGGAGCAGCACCUCACUGAAAUGGCAAGCACUUUGGCUCAGAAACACCUGCGGUCCAUCAUCCUCAAUCACGUUAUAAGAGGAAAUCGACCAAUCAAAGCAGAAAUGGCACAUCAGCUGUAUGUUCUGCAGGUGCUGACCUUUAACCUUCUGGAAGAACGAAUGAUGACCAAAAUGGAUCCGAAUGAUCAGGCUCAGAGAGACAUCAUUUUUGAGCUACGUAGAAUUGCCUUUGAUGGAGAAAAUGACCCCACUGGUACAGAGAAGAGAAAGGCCAUGUACACCAAGGACUACAAGAUGCUGGGCUUCACUAACCAUGUGAACCCAGCCAUGGACUUCACCCAGACUCCUCCAGGGAUGCUGGCUCUGGACAACAUGCUGUAUCUGGCCAAGGUUCACCAGGACACGUACAUCAGGAUUGUCCUGGAAAACAGCAGCAGAGAGGAUAAGCAUGAGUGUCCCUUUGGCCGCUGCGCCAUUGAACUUACUCGAAUGCUGUGUGAGAUACUCCAGGUUGGAGAACUGCCUAAUGAAGGCUGCAAUGAUUAUCACCCCAUGUUCUUCACUCAUGACCGGGCAUGGGAGGAGUUCUUCUGUGUCUGCAUUCAGCUGCUCAAUAAAACCUGGAAAGAGAUGAGAGCCACAGCUGAAGACUUCAACAAGGUGAUGCAGGUGGUUCGUGAGCAAAUCACCAGAGCUCUGGCGAUGAAGCCAUCAUCCAUCGACCAGCUGAAGAAUAAACUUCGAGGCCUCAACUAUUCAGAGAUUCUGCGUCUGCGACAGUCAGAACGAAUGAGCCAGGAUGACUUCCAGUCUCCACCAAUCAUUGAGCUGCGGGAGAGAAUUCAGCCUGAGAUCUUGGAGCUCAUCAAGCAACAGCGACUCAACCGUCUGUGUGAGGGAAGCUGCUUCCGUAAACUGGGGAACCGCCGAAGGCAAGAGAAGUUUUGGUUCUGCAGACUCUCUCUGAAUCACAAAGUGCUGCACUACGGGGACUUGGAUGAGUCACCUCAGGGUGAAGUGCCUUUUGAGCUACUCAGUGACAAGAUCCCCGUCUCAGAUAUCAAGUCUGUGGUGACAGGGAAAGACUGCCCUCAUAUGAAGGAGAAAAGUGCUCUAAAACAAAACAAGGAGGUGCUGGAGUUGGCCUUCUCUGUCCUCUAUGAUCCCGAUGAAACGCUCAAUUUUGUUGCACCCAAUAAAUAUGAGUAUUGCAUCUGGACUGAUGGGCUGUGUGCGCUGCUGGGCAGGGAGAUGGGCAGUGACCUGACACGCAGCGACCUAGAUACUCUCAUCAGCAUGGAGAUGAAGCUCCGCCUCCUCGACCUUGAAAACAUCACGAUUCCUGAAGCUCCACCUCCUGUGCCGAAGGAGCCUAGCUCGUAUAACUUCACCUACAACUACAGCUGAGAUGUGUGUGUGUGUGCGUGCGUGUGCGCGUGUUUGCUAUGCAUGUAUGUGUUUGUCAAGGAUGAGUAUUGUGUACACCGGACAAGACUACUUAGAUUUUUUUUCUUUCUUUUUUUACAUUUCAGAACUUUGGAGACUUUGCUCCGUCUGUGUUUGUGAUGCCGUGUGGUUGCCAGAUAGGAGAAAUGUGCUUAUAGCUUCACGGGCAGGUCAGAGGUCAGGGUUCAGUGCAGAGUGUUGAUCCUGGAGCUGCUGGAGAUGCAGUGAGUGAAUCUUUCUUUGUCAGAAAAUUCUCCAGGCGGCGUCCUGAUUUGUGUUCCUCGUUCUCAGAUUUGAAGGUAGAAAAGAAUGUGGAUGAAAAGAUCUAAAUCUGUAAAGGAACUUUGACUCAAGUACAUUUAAGUCAAAUUGAGGCUUAAUUGAUCAGUCGAGCCAUGUGUCUGGUCUCUAUGGCAACUAAAAAUGAAGUCGCCACCAUUUCAGUUGUGAUGCUGCAUUCACUUCGACACUGCUGCCCCUCCAUAUGUACAGAUGUACGAUGCAGUCUAAUCAGCUCUACACUCAGUGAUAUUAGGAUUUCUCAUUAGAAUUCAGUGAUUAAAAGGACGGAAAAUAUGACAGACUUGUAGUGUAAGUAAGUCAUAUAUGGAAGAGUGCAGUUAGAAAGGAAACACGUUGUUUACUUCUGCUUGGAACAUUAUGUUUCUUUCAUGACUAUCGUAGAUGGGACAGAAAAGUGUGUUAAUAGUGAUAAACUGUUUGCGCUAUUAAAUGUUAGAAAACUGUGAAAAAUGUCAAUCUCCAUUUUCCAGAGGCCAAAUGAUCAUGUUGAAAUGGCUUGUUUGACAAAAACCAAAAAAAUAAGUCAAUUUGCUACUAUGAAAACCCAGAAAACCAGCAAAUAGUAAUAUUUGAGGAGGCAUUUUUUAAAAAAAGUGCCAUAAAAUCUACACAACCAAGUGUUCGUCUAUUUUAUUCUUUUGCAAAUGUACUGUCAGUCACUAAUCAAUUAAUCAACUAUUUUUUCAGCUCCAAGAAAGUGUUCAUACGUAUAUGUUUGCUAGUUUAUCCAACAUUGAUGCUGCUUCUUUGACUCACUUCCCUCCUCAGACCUUCUCCAUAACUUGUUAUACAGUGUGAACAUACUAUAUAUACCCCACUGGAUUAAUGAAGUUGUUCAAGUGUGUGAAAAUCCUUAAAGGUACCCUUGCCUACUAUAGGUAUCUGUAAAUGUGUGUCUGUGUGUGUUUGUCUGUGCAGAUUUUGAGAUUUUGUGCGUGUUUAUGUCGAGGGAUUUAAGGAAUAGUAUUUCAUGAGCUCGCUGCUCAUUAAAGUUGGGUUUGAGGCUCCGAUGUUCAACACUUUAAAAACAGACAUGAAUGAUACAAACUUUUUCGAAUCAUAGUCGCUGCAUUGCCUUAUCAGUCAUACAUUCACUAUGUCUCGGUUUCAUUUCUAAGCAGCAUAUAAAACACAUGGCAACACACUGUAUGAGGCAGUUGUAGCUGAUAUGAAGACAAUUUUUGGGUGCAACUCUAACUCCUCCUAUGAUGCAUUCAUAGUUGCUGCUUAAACAGUUAUGUAAUGUUAGAUAACGCUGUAUAACAUGGUUGUAAUAACAUAUAAUCAUCGUCUGUAGUGAACAAAUAGCUACAUGUCAGCUUAUAACAAUACUAGUGUGUUAUAAAGCAUUUAUUAGCUGUUUACAUUUACUGUGUUAAUGUACAACAGGAUCGCCUAUAUAUAUAUCUAUCGAUACAUAGAUAUAGGUGUAAUGUUGACAAUAUGUGAUUAUCUUAGGCAACUGUUAUGUUAUACUGUGUUAUCAAACAUUUCUUGUUCCUUCUGAUGGUUAAUAGUUGUUAAGAAAUGUAUUAAUAAACACUACAAAUGCACCAAAAUCCGCUACAACUACAUCAUAAUGAAUCAGCCAUGUAUUGUUUAUAUACUGCUUAUAAGGUAAAUGCUAAAUUUGGUUUGAUUUACACUAAAGUGUAUUUGGGAGGCUCAUACUGUAGUGCGGUACAGAGGUUUUGUCUAAAAGAAACUUGGUUCAACAGUGAAUAGUGCCCUUGGUCUUUGAAUUAAUUACCAGAUUUGAAGCUUGGUUUCAAACACUUUGUCACAAAUUGUGCAAAUGCAAACGGGACAAAAGAGCAGCUCUGUUGGUGAUAUUUGGUUUACGUGCCAGAAACACACAAUCCUGGAAGCAGGUCAAAAACACAGUGACAUCUAGUACUGCUCACGUAUCAUAUAGAGAUGUUACUUCCAGUACUAUUGCUUGAUGUCAUUUUUCUUAUCUCCACAUAGUUAUUGGUUCUAAACUUUGUCCUGUCGACUUCUAAACCAGUACUAAUCACUGCUGUCAUUUAUUAAUGCAGAAUAGAAUUAUAUUUUUGUAAAUGAUUGUACAAUUUUAUCAGUUAUGAAGAGAAUGGGUAUUGAACUAACGUAGCAUUUUCACUUCGCAUCACUGUACAGUACAUUCAACACGCUCAUUUCACUGGUUUCACAUUUUUGAAGUGUCCACCGCAUUUUCAUAUCACGAGCACCAUUUAGGAACCACUCACUCCAGCACCUAAAUAUGAUGUCAGCGUUGAUGUAAUAAUGAAAAUUGCCGUUGCUGUUUAUGCUGUUUGUAAAAAGAAAUGCAGUCAGUAUUUGUUUUUUUCCUAUGUUUGGAUUUUAAUUGAUGUUGAAGUUGUUUUCACCUGUUAAAAGCAUUUUUAAAAAUAUUUUUGAGGGUGAACCUGAAAGCUCAGUUCACUGCAACUUAAAAAAAUCACACACAUUCUAAAUAAUACAUCAUAAAUUCUUUCUUGGUGUGCUUGUGUUUUGCAUAUUUGCAUGUCUUUUCUUAAGCUGCAGUGCUUGGAGUUCUCAGGGUCGCUUUAUUAAUUUAUAUUCCAGUAAGUCACUGAAGCAUUAACCUGUUUUCAGAAAUCAGCUGCAGCUAGAACAGAUCAGUAAUCACAAUAUAUCACAGAGAGUAAUUUCUGCGUUGGAUGUACUAAAAGUAUGACUUGAAGUUUUUGCAUCUGGCACUCUUUUACAUGACUUGCUAAACUAUUUAUUUACACUUGGUAGUGAUAGGUAAAAUGACAGAAUUACAAAAAAAAUAAAUAAAUAUACAUAUAGAUCAUUGUAUGUAUAUACAGUAUUGUGUUGCCUUAUUGAAGAAAUGUAUUAUGUUUUGUGUGAAUAAAUACAAAGUCUAACUACUGCUUAAA